AUGCUGCUCAAACAACUAUUACUAACCUUCACGAUAUCUAUUGGACUUGCCAGCAGUGCUUGUUUCGACAACGGUGACAAAGAGAUUCAAGGAGGAUGUUAUAAGUUUGUGCCACAGAAGUUGACUUGGAACGAUGCUCGGAAUUGGUGUCACUAUCAGAAUCCGGUUACAGCAAGUUACUUGGCAUAUGUACCAAAUCAGUUUACCUCCAACUUUCUAGCUUCCUAUGCCCGCUCUGCUUUUGGAACUGAUGACGGAAACUUCUGGAUUGGCCUGAGUAGAUCAUCUAACGGCUCUUGGACAUGGGACAACGGAUUCCCCGUUGGUUUUACUAAUUUCGGACCUCAAAAUGGGCAAAACUACGGGGCGGAGAGCAUUGUCAACGCCAAAUGGAACGCUUAUGGCUCUUCGGACAAGUUCUUCUUCGUGUGCAGUUACGAUCCAGCGGCACCACCAACAUUCCCACCACCACAGUCGACGACAACAAGUAGUCCGGUUGCAGUGUCUACACAGGCGGUCCCUACGACUACAGUUUUACUCAAUGCAACUGAGUCAACGUGGAGUUCAACAACAAUCGACGACAUAUGGUCCGAUUGGUCUGAUUGCGGUGUCUACACAUGCGGUCCCUACGACAACAGUCUAAUUUGUGCGGCACCACUAACACUCCCACCACAACAGUCGACGACAUAUGCUCCGAUUGCAGUGUCAACACAUGCGGUCCCUACGACUUCAGAUUCCGCUUCCCAUCUGCUCAUCGAACCCUCAUUCCUCCUGGUCGAAGAAGAUUGGCCAGUGGGGACACACCUCCCAGUGACGUUAUGUCCGAAGAAUGUCAAAAUACUGUCCGGUGACCCGUCAAACUACUUCAAAGUUGUCAAAAUCAAUGAGACAUGCUCGACACUGCAAUUGAAUUUGGCACUGGAUGCUGAUAAGGAAAACGCCGACGGUCUACGCGGACAAUCGUUUUCGCUCGUCAUUGCGGGACCGAAAAAGUCGAGAGCCACGUUGGAAGUUCAGGUAGUCGAUGUCAACGAUAACGCUCCAAUCUUCACCAACACUCCCAGUACAUUUGAAAUAUCUGAAAACGCUGAAAUUGGCACGGAGCUCUUCAAGAUAUCAACACUGGACCCCGACACUGGAAUCUCUGGGAUUUCUCGGUUUUCUAUAGAAGGCGACGAGAAUUUCCGUUUGGACAAACGGAAGUGUUCCAAUGGAAAAUGCUCUACUCUCCUGCGUCUCGCCAAGACACUCGACUUUGAAAGCAAACCCAUCCACACCUUCAAUAUCACCGCCAAGGAUGGGGAUCCUCACUCGAAUCGGACACAUACCGUAGCCCAUACUGUUACAGUACACGUCAAAAAUGAGAAUGACGAACCGCCGAAAUUCGUCACCGAUUUAUCCCAAACCUUCCAAGUUCCGAAAUCUCUCAAAUCUGGGGAUACUGUAACCAGAAUCGAGGCUAUCGACGUCGAAAACUCUGACGGCGACGUGCGAAUCGAGUUGGCUGAAAACCCCAAUUUCCAAGUGGACUCAAAAUCUGGAGCACUGAUUCUGAAAGCUCUCCCAACUACAGAUGACGUCAUAACCCUCAAAAUAACAGCGAUGUCAUCAAAAAACCAAAAGUCAAAAGAAGCUGAAAUUCGGCUGAAAUUGGGUGAUGAAAAAGGGGCGGAGCCUAAAAUUGAGAGUCAGGAGAAAGCCAGCGGAGAGCUUUGCGAGUUCCCGAUAUAUGAGGCUUAUUUGAUUCAAGGAACCGGACAAUUUUCCACGCCUUUGAAGAUUAAGACACUGAAAUCGGUGGUUGAGGAAAAGCCUCGUCUAAUCGGUGGCUCUGAAAGUUUCGAUUUGGAAAUCUUGGAUGAUUUCCACGUGGAAUUGAAAAUACUGAACUCCGAAACGAUCGCGGCUCAAAGUUUGGACAACGCUCAGCUACUCGUCAAAUCGCCUUUCGGUCAGUGCCGUAUCGUCCUCCGCUCGUUGGCUCCGCCCACUUUGACCCCAAAACAAGCCUCGCCCCCUCCGAAACCGAGCUCCCCCCCGAAAUUUGAGAAGACUGAAUAUCAAUUUCAAGUGGUCGAGAAUCGGGAACCUACAGUACUCGGAGAGGUCAAAGUGGUGGCUGACGGCCCUGUGACCUUUGAAUUGUUGGGUGAAAAUGCCGCAAAAUUUGAAAUUUCGAAAAGUGGAGAGAUUCAGAAUUUGGAGAAAAUCGACAGAGAAGAAGUGGAGAAAUUUGAGUUGGUGGUGAAGGCAACGGAUCAGAAUGGCGCCUCUACUAAGUCACAACUCACAAUUCACGUAAAAGACGAAAACGACAACUCUCCGAUAUUCGAAAAAGAUCACUAUCUGAUCACAGUGGAUGAGGGAAAAAGUGAAAAGCUCAAAAUCUCGGCCACGGAUUCAGACUCUGGAAAAAACGGUCAAAUCGUGUAUUCAAUUGAUCAAAAAAUUGAUGAUCUACCAAUCGAUAUCUCACCCGACGGGAUGUUGUUCAUUGGAGCGAUUGAUCGAGAAGCUAUGGGGAAUUCAAAGAACGAAGUGAAUCUGACGGUGACGGCGUCGGAUUCUGGAGAACCUAGAAGGAGUUCAAGUGUCGUCGUGACGAUUAGAGUGAAGGACAUCAACGACAACGCUCCGAUAUUUUCCAACUCCCGCUAUUCGAUUCCUCUCGACGCGAACAUCUUUCCCGGUGGAAUCAUCGGACGUCUUCAGGCGACGGAUUCAGAUGCCACGUCGCCCAAUAACUAUGUCACGUACACCUCGGAAAACCCGCAAUUCAAGGUUUCUGAUUCCGGAGAAAUAGUGUUCAUUGGACCUGGAAUAUUGGAGAAAAACGUGAAUUUGGAGUUCAAUGUGACCGCUUCAGAUGGAGGGGACCCGACGAAUCAGGCAGUGGCUCAAGUGGUUCUGAAUGAGCAUAGAGCGAUGAAAUCGAUUGAAAACGAGCUCACAACUCAGAUAAAUAGCAAUGAUACCGGUGGAGAGAAGUCUGAAAUAAAAUGGCUCAACGCGGGUAUGCCUGGAUACACCUACGAGAUAAUUCGCGCCUCCGCCGACGGGUUUUCCGACUCCGAAGUGGCCACGUGGAUAUCAAUCGACGCGAAAUCCGGCAGAAUCCACACCAUCAAAAAGGUGGAUCCAUCGAAAGUGAAGCAGAUCAAACUACACAUUUCAAUGAGAAAAGGAAAACGCGAAGUGCCCGUGGAACUUAUUAUCAACGUGAUGGACACAGAUGACAUUACCCCAGUCUACAGUAAUCCUACAGUACCCCGGAAGUUCACUUCUAGCGAAUCGGUUACUGUAGGUACAAUAGUCGGGGAUAUGGCGGUGGGUGGAGUCAAGGAAGGAGAUGAAUUGAAAUAUAAUCUGAAAAUCGUGUCGGGACCCAAAGGAAAACUACAAAUCGAUCGAUACGGACUGCUUCGAGUGGUCAAACCGUUGGACUUCGAAAGUGAAAAAUUGAUAAAGGGGACUGUUGAAGCACUUGUUCUGAAAAACUCGAAAUCCGCCGUGGCACCGUUCCAACUAACAAUUCAAGACGCUAACGACAAUCGACCAAUAUUCAAAAACUCGUCCGUGUUCACCGUCUCUAUCUACGAAAAUUCAGUGUUGGGUACUGUACUCGACCUACCGUACCCUCUGGCAACGGAUCGGGAUUCCAGCAACAACUCCACUAUCCGCCUCGUCGCCCCAUUGGACUUUGAGACCCAACGUGUCCACUCGCUUAGCAUUAAAUGCGUGGAUAACCAGGGUCGUGAUCCCCAUCACGAAGUGUUCGCCUCGGUUACUGUAACCGUAAUCGACGUGAACGAUAACCCACCGGUUAUUCAUAACACAGACUUGACACAUUUAUCAAUUGAAGAGGAUGCUCAAAUCGGUCAAGUGGUUACUGUACUUGUGAUCUCCGAUUCAGAUGAAGGAGGCGUUCAGAAUACUGAAAUCGACGUAAACUCAACGUUAUUCCACGUAGAUCACGAGAAGAAACUUAUCGUUCAAUCGCCUCUAAAGGGACACGCAGGACAACGCAUCUGUUCUACAGUAACCGCACGUGACCCGGGAGGACUCACCGCCACAUCACCGUACUGUGUUACAGUAUACCCCGCUAAAAAUACGCAUCACAAUCCGCUGGUCGUGUUGCCGAAACAGAAUUCGAUACACUAUUUUGAUGAGAAUAUUGUGUAUGAGGAGUUGUUGAAGGUGAAAGUGCUGGAAGAAGAAGGGGAGAGAGAGAAUGUCACGUUCCGGUUGGAUGAGAUGUUCAAGAAGGACUGGCAAAUGUUCACUAUCGGAGAAACCAACGGAAGUCUUCGUGCCCGCCAGCCAUUCGAUUUCGAGAAGAAGACGGUUCAUGAGAUAAAGAUCCUGGCAUGCCGCGUGGAUAAUUGCACCUCAACCCAUUUAUUCAUUUCGGUGAAUGACCGUAAUGACAACUGUCCAAUGUUCCCCAAACAGGACGUCCGUCUCACCGUACUGGAAAACGAAAAGGGCAAACGACAAGUCGGCCGGAUUCCUGCCGCUUUGGACUCGGAUUUCCAUUCGGACAACACUAAAGUGUGCUAUACCACUGACACGCCCAUUUUCUUCUUUGCUGACCCAACUCUGCCAAUCCUCUUCACGAAUUCUAGUUUUGAUAGGGAACACAAAAAACAGCAUCAGAUUACGAUCACCGCCUACGACUGUCACCUUUCGUGCCGAGACCCUCAUAAACCGAUCAAUGGAACCAUUGUCGCUCUAAUCGACGUCAUCGAUGUGAACGAUAACUUCCCGAAAUUCUCUGAAAAAAUCUACACGACUACGAUAGUCCAGGGACACGUCACCGCGGGAAGUCAUGUUUUGACAGUGCAAGCGACGGAUUUGGAUGAAGAAUUGGAGGGAUUAAAGUAUAGUAUACGGGGAUUCGUUAGGUCACCGAGUCAGUCCUUCACCCCCUCCGAGUCUCCCAUCACUAUCGACAAGUCAUCUGGAGAGAUCACUGCCAAUGAACUUCUCAAAGACUCCUCCUACUCGUUCACAGUGGUAGUCACCGAUGGGGCGGGGCAUGAGGAUACCGCGUCUGUUAUGAUCUCUGUGGUCACAUACGCUCAACAAACGGAGCUUGUGUUCGAUGCACCAUUUGAGUUGGUCAUAAAAAAUGAGAAGAAAAUUGCGGAAAACCUCUCCAACGCCACCGGCCUCCAAACCAUCGUCGACAAGUGUCGUCAGAACUCAAAUUUCACUCUGAUGCUAGUCCACUUCAUGGAUCGAGACGGACAAUUUGUGAACGUGGAUCGAGCCGUGAAUCUUCUGAUGACGUCAUCAGCAGAUUCUAGGAGAGAGCUGAGAAGUGUCUAUGGCCUACGUGAGGCCUUCCCACCAGUGCCUAUCCCAUCAAGAGUGCCUCAGUAUAUUUUGAUCGCCGUAUUACUAUUCUUUGCCAUUUCCAUCUUCUCCAUGUGUAUUUGGUGUCGACAACGAAAUAAUUAUGAGCGGAAGUUGAGACAUAUUUCAGCUCAAGCGUCUACAGUACAUACAGUAACCCUGGGAAGGGGUGGGAAGCAUGGCUCCAACCCCGCCUACGGAGAGAUCCCAAUCGUCACUCGACACCAUCCGCCACCGGCUCCGCCUCCUCCGACGUCUUCUGGAGCUUCUGUGAAUCUUCAAUCUACUGAAUUGUAA